CUGGACCCUUCCAUUAAGCAACAAGGUUGGAGCCUGACACAGAGAGAUCAACAGUUUGGUAAACAAAAGAGAGGGAGCCAGGAGAGAAGGACUGGAACAAAGUCAAAGAAAGACAGAGCGGACAGAGCAGAGCAGGAGCAAGAGAGUUGAAUUUGAAAUAGAGGAGAGAAAACUGCAACAGCAAAAAUUUAAGAUUAAAAGUUAAAGAUUGAUAGAAUUAGUGUCAUGGGUGUGGCCACUUAAAGCAGUGAGGCACAACAGCAGAGACAAAAGCAACUUUUGUCUGGUGGUUAGAGGGGGAGGGUGACAGACUUAGGAAGACAGGGUGGGUCAGAGGUAAAGAGGUCAAUAGAAAGACUGAGAAAGACACAGUGGGAGCCGUUCAAGAAGAGAAGGCGAGAGAACUCACUCACGAGGCAGAGGCAACGGUAUGGAUAGAUAGAAGCUGGCAGACAUAGUAGUUUAUCAAGGGGGAGAGGGGACAGAGAGGGCUAGGCUGAGUCACAUACAGGCAGUCGGCAUGGGGAUAAAGGGCAAGGCGGCUUUGGCCAUCGUGGUUCUACUGUUCUUCCUCGGCUCCAUGUGGCUCCAAGGAAGUUUGGAUUACCAGUGGGACUCUUGUCUUAAAGGUUACAUUCAGAUAAACAGUCCUCACCAUCUGUCCAAUGGCAGUGAGGCUGAUAGUGAUGAGGACGGGGCCAUACUGGAGGUGUGUCCCGGUCAGAAGUUCCAGGUGUCGGAGCUGUUGUCUCACCUGCUGGCUGCGCCAGCACCCACCAACGACGUGCUGCUGCAGCCUUAUCUGGCUAGUUGGGACGAGCUUAUCAAGUUCAUGGAGGCUCUUGGACCGAUGGUUGGACUCAUAUCUCAGGAGAUUGAAGCCAAAACUUCCAUAAUCCGUGACCUGACCCUGCGGGAGGCAGGUAGCAGUGAUGAGGGAGAAGUGGGCCUAGCCUUGGGGUUGGUGUCUGGUACCAGAGUGCAUGGUGGUGGACAGGAGGAGACAGAGGCCUCAGUGGCAGCACCCAGCAGUACCUACCUGUCUUUGCGCUCUAUGAUCCACACUGAGUUGAGCCGGGGCCUGGUAGAUUUCCAGCAGAUGACAGAAUCUGGGUGUCGUACUCUGCUCCGGCUGCACCGGGCCCUGUUGUGGCUGCAGGUCUUCCUGGAAAAGCUGGGGGAGGGGCCUGUGGGCGGCCGGCUGCGGAGCCCCUCGGAGCUCUGCCGUGAGGCCUAUCAGCACACCCUGGCCCACCACCACUCCUGGUUUGUACGCAGGGCAGCGGAGAUAGCCUUCAUCGCCAUGCCUGAGCGGAGCUUCUUCUACAGGCUGGUGUGUGUGACGAACCAGGAAGAGGCCAGCGUGGUGCUGAACAGGGUGGUCCGGGCCAUCGAAGAGGUGUAUGACAGAUGUCAGGGGGUCCUGGAGGAGCAUGGCAUGCUGGACCUGCCGUAGGAGAAGAGCGGGGGGGGGGUUCUGUUUCUGAGGGACCAGCCACAUCUGGACAUUACAGUAACACUCUUUUCACACUACUGAGCCGAACCAGGCUGAGCUGAGCUGUACUGCGCUGGCCAGGUUACGCAUCCAUCAUGGUUGGAAUUAUACUGGUAAGGACAAUGUGAAAAUAGAAUAGCAAAACCAGCACAUUACUGUUCGGGUUUGCAUAAUAGCAUGAAUUAGGUCUUACAGUCUAUCCCCUGGUGCCUUGUUCCAUAUGCUGUACUAUCUUUUAUCAGGCUAAAGUUCACAUGUGUGCAAGACCAAUGAGCUGCUCAAGUAAUCAUGAGUGAGUGCUCUCAACAGAGUUUACCAAAAGGGCCAAUUUGUAUUAGAGGCCAUAUGACCAAAGUGCUGGUGAAAACAAUCAACUGAAGCUAAAUGUCUUCAUUGUACAAUUGAUAAGUCAUUGUUAUGUCACUGUUUGUCUGUGUGAGAUCACGCACUGGACUUGUUAUGGUGAUGGAAGACCAUAGACUGGUUGAAAAACAAGUAACGUAUCAUGUGUUGUUGUAAAUUCUGAAGAUGUUGCCAAUGUAAUUCCAUAAGUCAGUGAUUGUUGUGUUGUUGUAUGUUGAUGUGUAAUUCAGCAUUGCCAUCAUUGAAUCAAAAGCCAAUCACAAGGCAAAGGACUUUGUCCAUGCCCCACAUCGUGAUUAUGUAAUAAUUUUAUAUGGGAUCAUUUGUGAAGAUCUUCUAGGGCUGCUGGACACAUCAGAUGGACUUUAUUCAGGGUUCUCAAAACCACAUUUACAAUGCAGUGAUUCACUGAUCUUAGCUACUGUUGUAGUUAUGGUUUAAGUACGUAUGCAUUACUACAAAAUUGACACUGCAAGAAGUAAUAUUUUUGAGUCUGGAUCUGAGUACCUCCCGUACAAUUUUGAGAAUGGAAAUACGUUCUAGACCAGGGAUGGGUGACUUUGAUGGGGGUGGGGGCAACAAAACAUCUGAACUCAUCAUGGGGUGCCACAUGGGGUGCGUGUCGACAUCCAUUCCCAAACAUGCAGUCAGAAACAGCCCUAACCUUUUGGGGGAUCCUAGGUCAAAUCUUCUUAGGGUGUGUGAGCAAAACAGCUAGAGGAGAGAAAGUUUGUUUUAGAGUUAAUUUCCUGCAAUUCUACACAUUUUGCCAUGGGGCAGAGAUAAAAUUCUGUUUUGAAGCAAAUUCCCUGCAAUUCUACACAUUUUGGCAUGGGGCAGAGAUACAAUUCUGUUUUAAAGCAAAUUCCCUGCAAUUCUACACAUUUUGUCAUAGUGUUUUUUAUUUUAUAUAUGAUAGCUGACUUAGUGACUAACAAAAUCCAGUGGGGCCCCCCAGUUGGUAAUUCGACCAUGAUUACUACAAGUUUAGAUAGCUGGCUAGAUUAAUUUACCAACCUAAAAUAUGUUAGCUUACAUGGGCUAAUUGAGUGCAUUGAGAGAAACUGAUGAUUGUAUUUGGUUGGAAAUUGAUCUGUGGGCCCGUUCUAGACCAUGUGAUUGGUCCCAGAAACCAAUGGUUUGGGCCAGAGCCGGAACACAUGUGCAACGUUUUGAAAAUUUGUCUGGCUUUGAUACUCUGAUUGUUUAGAGAUUAUCCAUUAGUUGGUGACUUUGUUUUUUUUAUAACAGCCUCCAUUUUGACAUCAACACAAAUGACUUCAAUGAUUGCAGCAAAGAUGUCAUGGCGACAAUGUCAUCGGGCCUAACGGUCGUCUCACGCCGAACUGCGCAAGUUCAGGCCGACUAAUCAAAGGCACUCCUUCGAGAUACAGUUGUUUUUUACAGAAAUUUAAAUGUCAGUUUGACACUAACACGAGGUUGGAGUAAACACGUGUUCAACUGCUUAAGACAUUGGCUCAAAUCUAGGUUGUGCCUUCAGAUUUCAAGAAAAUUAACAACUAAGGAAUCAUUUUUUACUUCUCAAACCCCGGACAUGGUCUGUUUCACAAGCGUUCCCGGAAGUCUCGCAAUGUUGCACCUCUAGGUUUUAGAAACUCUGUGUUUGCAGCCUGACUGAACUAUGUAGCGAACAAGUGCAGCGGAAGAAUCCUGUUAAGAUUCAUCAGGCAAACGUGUUAUAUCCGGGGCUUUUGAUCUUAUGUUGCAGUACUACAGUAUAUCCACCAGAGGACAUAGUGUACUACACAUGCACAUCAGUUUCACUGAACCCUGAAUGCUAAUAACAGUUCGUGGCAAAGCCAUUUAUAUGAACAUUUGUGACGUAAUCACUUCUACACCACAAUAAUUGACCCUCCCUUCGCUUGGACAUACAUGCUGCGAAUGGCAUAAUGCCCCCAUUUUAAGAGAUGUUUCAAUGUAAACUACAAUGACUUUUUUACCUACAAAUAUAUAUUUUUAAUAAACUGUAAUUUAAAAAACGAGUUAGAUGAACCUCUGUCGUACAGUAAUGUUAUGGUUAGAUACAAUAUUUAUAUAUUAUUCAUGAGAUUGAGUAUGGAGUUCCAUAAACAUUUUAAUGGAAAGAGCAAGUAUUAUGAGGAAAUUAACUGGGGGUUAAUGAGCACAGGUGGAUGCAAGCCUAAUGUGUGAGAGAGCGAGAAAGCUGGUGCGUGCCUGGUAUAUCAGUCGCUUGCGUUACACUUGAUCACACUGUUUAAACCCACAAAUGCCUCUAAUGCUAUGUAAUCAUUCCUCUCUCUUCCUAUUGUCCUCCACUGGAUCCCAAUCGCAAAAAGAUUGGAGGAGGGAGAGAGAGUCAAAUUCUGUAGUAAUCUUGUAAAGUGGUCAGAGCAGAGUGAAUGCGUCAGAACCACUAUGCCAUGUUAACAACAUGAAGCGCUGUCCAAUCAUAGAACAGAUAGUCGGACUCUAGCACAUUUACGUAUCUUGUACUUGUUCUUAUGAAGAAAGUGCAAAAAUGUAGUGGUUUUGGUUGAUUUGUCUCGAGGUUAAUAUUAUACAUUGUAACGCAGGUGAUCUACAGUACAGGCCAAAGUCUUCCAUGAAAGGUAUUUAUGCUCGGGGUACUUGGCUAGAUGUCAAGUCCAGAGAUCAGGCUUGGUAGGUGGCCACAGUCUGCCAGAGGAGAGCAGAAAGCAAGAUACAUGAGUGUUGAAGUAGCUGCCUAGGGAUUGUCAUGGUGAAUAAAAUUACAUUAGAUUACAUCCAUCUGCCCGAUGGCACCGCUUGACUCCACCACUCCCUUACUUCCUCUUUCCCCAGAGCCUCACUCUAUUGGGCAGAUUCAACUUUAUACAAAACCAGUUAGUAUCAGCCAAUCAUUUCGUUUGAUUACUGUUUAUGUUUACAAAACUAACUGUGAAAGUAUUUGUCCAUUUGACUUGUGAAUGAUUCUGUUACAGGUGUCUCCUUUUACUCAAACUGUCAAAAAAUUAGAAUACAUAAACUUCCUCUUAUGUCAGUGUUGUCAUCCUGUAGACUAGAGGGUAUUAUUUCAGACGGUCUCAGACUCAGUCUGUCUGUCUGAAUGACUGAUUGACUGACUAAAGGAUGGAUGAGCGUAUACAGGCACACUGAAAUGUGAAACAUAAUCUGAGGUGAAAUGAUCGGAAACCAGGGAACAAAAACAGACCUGUCUGGUUGUUUCUGUCAAUCACAUUUAUUGAUUUCUCUAUUUUUUUUUUUACAAUGAACAUAAGCAAAAAAAUGAUAUACAUACAUACAAUAAUAUACAUCCAGCAAAAGAAGAAUAGAAUUAUCAGCCAAUUCAUUUUGGGUCAGAGACUAUCCCAAAGUGUUUCAAAGGAGUUCUGCCUUAGAUAAGUUUUUAAUAAACUGUCUGAUUCAAGAUUUUCAGGGACAUAACGUUUUUAUAUUAUUUUCCAGGAGGACCUUUAGUGAAAAGCUGUCUUGCUAGUUCACAUUAGUUUCCACAUGCAGUGGUCACAGGCAAGUAUUGUGCUGUUUGGGGAUAAAUCCUUUGCAGUUACUGUAAAUAUGCAGCUUUCUAUUGAAUCAGUGUAACUGAUCAAACCAAUACCAGAAGAGGAUGCCCUUCUUCAUCUCAUCAUCUUGGUGCCCAUAUAAAGACAUGCACUGUUCACCUAAAAGAGGAGCCAGUAGACAAUGACUGAGAAAGUGUUUCAACACGGCAACCAUUCAAUACUGCAAGGUUGAAAACAAGACAGAGAAAAUAGGGGUCAGACUUAGAAAAAAAAAAUGCUACUUGGUAUGUGUUUAAUUGUCAAGUUUUCUUCAGUCUCACUCAGAAUUCUGAGAUUACAGGUCGAAAACCUACCAUGUAGCACCCCUGUCUUAAUACAAUGCUAAUACAUUAUUUCCUCUUUUCAACAAAAUAACAAUACAAAUACUUUAUCCCUUUUUGAAAACAAAACAUUUAUGUUUCUAUUGUUCAAUCUUGAAGACGCGCAUUAGCAAACAUAAGUAUAUCUAUGUGUGAACGUAAUAUUUCCAUGUUCUUUCUGUCUUCUUCAUCAAGCUCUUUAUUAGUUUUGUUACUAUACAUUUGUUGCAGUCUUUCCAAGAAUAAAAACAUACAGCCACACAGGCAAAUACAUAUGUUGCUUUUUGAAGAAAUUUCCAAAUUAUCACUUAAAAACGGAUAUA